ACUUGUGUGUUUACCGGUCAUGCACGCACACUGUACACAUUCGUAUGCAUAUCUAUCGUUGAACGCAGACUUUAUCAUGGUCUUGGAGACUGAUAAAUAAUAAUGAUGUAAACCUGCGCUUGAAGUGGAUUUUUAUGUUUUUUGGAUUUUAUUCCAUCAUCAGCUAUCAAAACGUAUAUCCAGAGGAGUGGAAUAAUUGUUACAAUCUUCAUCAUGCCGUUCAUUAAGAGAGUUGUGGAGCCUCAAUUUUUGAGCAACAGUCCGUUGCCUCCCGGCUGCGACAGGGAGUUGGACACGGUAUCGAACAAUACACUCUGCGGACUGGUCCGGCAGCUCUCUGACCUAUCGCUCCGUGCGAAUGACAUUUUCAGCGACAUCAGCAGUGAAGCCUAUUUACUUGCACAUAGGACAGUUCUUUUGAGGAGAAGAACGAUCAGAUUGGAAGAUAUUGUGGAGAAAUUAGAUGCUCGAUCUGUCAGAGUUCCGGUGUCAUCCUUAGAAGAGUUCAAGAAUACAACGGACCACUACAAGGCAUCUCAAAAUGUGGAUAAGGAUUUAUUUGUCCAAGAUACCAGACCUGGCUGCCUGACAGCUAUCUAUGAUACAGCAAGUACAGAUCUUAAGGAUAUAUAUGCUAAGUUCAAGGAAUACCACGAAGAUGAGGUGACAGUGAUUAGUAUGCAAGCAAGUAGCUUGCUAGCAGCGGAAUACAAAGCCCAGUCGGAAUAUAAUAUCAUCUUUCCAAGGGUGAGUACGCUUGCAGUGACGUCAUGUGGGUUUGCUUUCAUUGGUGCUUGGAAUUCAUUUCACUUUUAUAUAAUAAUGCCAUUUUCCAUGACCUUUUAUUUAUUAAUGUAUUUGUUUUUGGGGAGGUGGGUUCGGGAUGGUAUUUCAUUUUCAUUAUAUUACGUCUAACUUUUUUAGAUAUGUAACUAUUUUAAUAUUCAGAUUUAAGUUCAGUUUAUUUCAGAUGGUGAUGGUCAUGUGGUUAACAACAUGUAGGCUUACAAUUCGUAUUGGAUGAUAUGAAUGGGAAAAAAUUAGAAAAUUCCAUGAAAAACAGAUCAAAAAUAAUAUUUGGUGUUUGGUCUUUUGCACAGAGAGCUGUAGAUGUUUAGAUAGCAGUUUUGAUUAAAAAAAGAACUCUGGUGAACUGAACUUUCGAUCAACAUUUUUUUUCUGACAAUUAAAACACCUUCAUCAUAGAUUCAAAUUCCUCUUUUACCAGACGCUGUGCAAGUAAAUGCAAAUGUGCUAUUUUGUUAUGGAAAGCCACAAACUCUAUUGACAUUUUGAUAGAACAUUGGUGGGUUUUUUUCUUUGACAACCGCAAAGAUAUUUUGGAGAAGAUUUACAUUCCCCAUCAGGUUUCUUGAUACUUUAUUAUUUACACUUCAGAGGUGCGCUUAAUGCAUUUUUAUAAUGCAUACAGAAUGUGACAAUCAAGCUUCAUUCUUGCAUGUAAUUUCAUGUUUGUUCGUCAGUAUGGAUUUUCACCAUACGACCUAGAGAGAGAAUGGGGAUUGCCGAAGAAGAGAUAAAUCAUGUGCAGGUAAAUGAGACAGUGAUUAAGAGAGAGAGAGAGAUUGAAAGAGAUGGACAGACAUACAGAAAGACUGACAAAGAGGCAGACAAUAGAACCGACAGUGAGAGAGAGAAUGACAAAAUGUAAUGCUCUGAACAGGAUUUAAGAAAGAGUGAAUAAGAACUGAAUGAUCACAGAGAAAGAAGAGAAAGAGAAAAUUUUGAGUCAGUGAAGUGAAGAACAUUCUGUUAUAAACACAGAAUAUGAAUUAGAAAAAAACAUGUGGAUCAGUCUGCCAUCUAUGUGUAUUGCAAAAACAACAUUGCGUUCCUUGUGUGGUAUAAGCAUAGUAAUGUUAUUCUUUGUCAUCAUUUUUCAUUGGUAUGUGUGCAUUGUGUCAAUCAUUCACAAGGCAAUUUUAUUUAUUGGGGUUUGAGGAAAUACCUCCAUAUGAAAGAGGGAACAUUUGUACAAGCCUGGUGUGCAAACAUGUGCUCUUCUUUAGACACGGAAAUCAGACUUUUUCGCAAAACCAUGCCAUUACAAUGAAAUGCGUAUCCCUAUAGGGGCUGUGCACCACUUGAUCAGUGAUCAUGCCACCCACCACUGGGGCUCAGUGGGGACAGGCUGCCUGAGACUGCUGUGCACACAUUGGGCCUGUUUGUACGAGAGCAGUUACACAGUGCUAGAGGCCAAAAUAACCAUCCACGUGUUUGCUACAUGCAACCGUGGAUGCAACCUUAGACAAAUAUUUAGUACAGAGAGUGGGAAAAAUGAGGGGUCUUUCUGAAUUAACAGGAUUCUAAAAUUCUACAAGAAGACAUUUUCUCUGAUGGUCGCCUUGAGCGCAUCGUUUUUAUUGAGUUUGUAGCCUAUUUGAUACCGUCUGUUCGAGACACGAUGAACGCAUGAAAAGGUUUUCUGACAUUUAACUUUGCAUUGUCGGGAGAUGAUGUUCAAAUCAAAGCCACCAGGGAAGGAGCGAGGAAUCAUGUUUUAGAAAUAAUUCAAAUGAUCGAUGGAGGCAAAGGAUGUUAGUAAUGACAGUUGAUAUUAUGCAAUAUGAUUGUAUGGCAGGCAAAAAGAUAAAUAUUCAAUUUUUGGGGGCUACUUUUCGCAACCUAAUGCCUAAAUUUGCAACAUUGGAUAGCUUUAACAUUGCAAUGAAUUGGGAUUUUCCAGGGCUUUAAAAAUUUUCCAGCAUUAUUUUGAGCAUUCGGGGGUGAAAUUGCCCCAGACCCUGUGUAUUUUGUAUCGAUCGGUGGAAAUUCUUGUCGGAAUUGAUUAAAAGAUUGUUUUGUACUUUGUAUUUUAUUGUAAUAAAAAGUAUCAACAUCAGAAACAUUAUUUUCUCAAUUAGUUUUGGCUACAGAAUUAAGAUAGCCACUGCUCCUAUUUUACCAAAUUCUAGUAGUAGAUACACAGUCUAUUUCAAUAUUUGGCAGUAUUAUCUUCUAUCAAUUAGAGGUUCAGACAUAUGCAUUUACCAUUUUAACUCUUAGAUAUAAACGUGUGCAAGCGUAGAAACUUGGUUCUUUGAACUUUUUGUUGGUAAUUUUGUCUGACUGAGGGCGACUUUGAAAUCGGAAAUCAUUGCAUGCGUGCACGGAAAUCAACAAUUGAGUGCAGAAUAGGACCUGUGGGCGCUUCAUGCUUCUUCAAUAAAGAACUUCAAUAGGUUGGGUUCAGUGAUGAUAUACAUGUAAUACAAAGUCCGCAUCCAGACAACAAAUGAUCAUAAAAAUGCAUCAAAAUACUUUAUGUAAAUAAAUAAAGAAUGCACUCUUUGUGAACCUUCUAUUCAUAUUUAUUUUGCUAGAUUUUGGAUGGGUCUGUUAAUAGUGAUGAGUAUUUUUGACUGGAUAUGUCAUUAUUGCUGAAUAAGUCAAAGAUUCCCAAGGAUUGGGGGAAUAGUUGGAAGGUAUACGUAAUUGGUUCUCUUUCAUAAUCUUGAGAUUCUAAUCAGAAAUUAUCGACUCUGGAGUUUUGUUGAUGGGAUAUGGGAUAGAUAAGUGUCUAUUCACUGAAGUACAUGCACCUUUUAAGUAUUGUUUGGUGUAAAGAAUUUUGAAGAGACUGGCCCAAUAUGUUUUGUGAGUAAUCAUAGUAUCUCAUUGUUUAUUUCAAAAGGUUUGAUGUGUACUAAUAGCGCAAAAACUACAAAAAUAAGGUAUUGUGAGAUUUGCAUUAAUAAACAUCAAGUGGAUCAAGGAUAUAUAACCCCAAACAUUGGGGAAUCCUGUUUUAAUUGACCUUCCUGAAAUUCAAUUAUUAGCCAGAGUUGAUGUUUACCAGUAUUUUUUUUUUCAUUCUAAUUGAUUUUAUUCAAUUCAAUUCAGUAUUUGUUCAAAGGAAGUAUUGUGGAGAAAAAUUUUCAACCAUAUUUAUGCCACAAGAUGAUUACAAACUUUAUAUUUC